AUGUGGUUUCUGCAGCGAUCCAAACGCAACGAGAUCUGCAUCAAAGAACCUUUAAAUGGCCCAUCACAUCAAGUGGCCGUUAAACGCGUAAAUGCAUUGCAAACGACCGUUCAAUCGAACUCGGAAGCACUAUUACACAAGGAAACGAACGCAGUUAUCGAUCCGUCGGUGGUUGUUGAACUGCAGUCCCGGGAUCUCUUCAAUACUGGGGAUUCGUCGUUUGAAAACAACCCAUGCCGCAGACGAGGCACUCAAAUCCUUCAAAAGUGGGCGAACGACAAAAGUGCGAUUGUCGGACGCCAUUGA